CACCCAAUUUUUAUUUUCUCUGUGUUUCUCGGAAAACACUUAGCCAAACUCUAAACCUUCGACGAUUGAGCUCAGACAAAGAGGAGUACGAUCAUCAAUGCUCCGAUUCGACCUGCUCGCUUCUUAGCGCUUUGAUCCAAUUUGUGUGUUUUUGUUCAAUCUUUUGAGUUGGUUGUGUUGGAAGCGGAGAUCUCGAAGAUGAAGCAACAUAAGCAGAAGCAGCUCCUAUGUUUUCUUCUUCAAUGGUUGCUUCUCUCCAUCCCCUUUUGCUGCAAGGCUCGAUUCGUUGUGGAGAAGAACAGCUUGUCCGUGACGUCGCCGGACAGCAUCAAGGGGACUCACGACAGUGCAAUUGGCAACUUCGGGAUCCCUCAGUACGGCGGAAGCAUGGCUGGUACGGUGGUUUAUCCCAAGGAGAAUCAGAAAUCGUGCAAAGAGUUCAGCGAUUUCUCAAUUUCUUUCAAGUCACAGCCGGGUGCUUUACCUACCUUCCUCUUGGUUGAUCGUGGAGAUUGUUUUUUCGCUUUGAAGGUCUGGAAUGCACAGAAAGCUGGUGCUUCUGCUGUUCUUGUGGCCGACAAUGUUGAUGAGCCUUUGAUUACAAUGGACACACCAGAAGAGGAUGUUUCGUCGGCGAAGUACAUUGAAAAUAUCACCAUUCCUUCUGCGCUUGUGACGAAAGGUUUUGGUGAAAAGUUGAAGAAAGCAAUCAGUGGAGGGGAUAUGGUCAACUUGAAUCUUGACUGGAGAGAAGCUGUUCCGCACCCUGAUGACCGUGUCGAGUAUGAACUGUGGACCAAUAGCAAUGACGAGUGCGGGGUCAAAUGUGACAUGUUGAUGGAGUUUGUGAAGGAUUUUAAGGGUGCUGCUCAGAUUCUUGAGAAAGGCGGUUACACGCAGUUUAGACCUCAUUACAUUACUUGGUAUUGUCCUCAUGCUUUCACGUUGAGUAGACAGUGCAAGUCUCAGUGUAUCAACAAGGGAAGAUACUGCGCUCCUGAUCCUGAACAGGACUUUAGCUCAGGAUACGAUGGUAAAGACGUGGUUGUAGAAAACUUGAGACAGCUUUGCGUUUACAAGGUCGCGAAUGAAACCGGGAAACCCUGGGUCUGGUGGGAUUAUGUCACUGAUUUCCAGAUCAGAUGUCCCAUGAAGGAGAAGAAAUACAACAAAGAAUGUGCUGAUUCUGUUAUCAAGUCUCUUGGAAUCGAUAGUAGAAAACUUGACAAGUGUAUAGGAGAUCCUGAUGCUGACUCGGACAAUCCAGUUCUAAAGGAAGAACAAGAUGCUCAAGUUGGUAAGGGUUCAAGGGGUGAUGUUACCAUAUUGCCUACGUUGGUUGUCAACAACAGACAGUACCGAGGGAAGUUGGAGAAGAGUGCAGUACUCAAGGCUCUAUGUUCUGGUUUUGAGGAGACAACUGAACCAGCUAUAUGCCUGAGCACAGAUAUGGAAACAAACGAAUGCCUAGAUAACAAUGGCGGUUGUUGGCAAGAUAAAUCAGCCAACCUCACUGCUUGCAAGGUAUACUGUGAUAGUUCGGAAAUUUUUUUUUUUAUAUCUAUUAAUCUGCUUAGUUUGCAGGAUACUUUUCGUGGAAAAGUAUGCGAGUGCCCAAGAGUUGAUGGAGUGCAAUUCAAAGGGGAUGGUUACAACCAUUGUGAACCGAGCGGGCCAGGGAGAUGCACAAUUAACAAUGGAGGUUGUUGGCAUGAAGAGAGAGAUGGACAUGCGUUCUCUGCUUGUGUGGAUAAGGACAGCGUUAAGUGCCAGUGUCCUCCAGGAUUCAAAGGAGACGGUGUUAAGAAGUGUGAAGACAUUAAUGAGUGCAAAGAGAAGAAAGCCUGUCAGUGCCCGGAAUGUAGCUGCAAAAACACCUGGGGAAGCUACGAGUGCUCUUGUAGUGGGGACCUUCUCUACAUGAGAGACCAUGACACGUGCAUCAGUAAGACGGGUUCACAAGUGAGAUCAGCGUGGGCGGCUGUUUGGCUUAUAAUGUUAUCAUUGGGACUUGCAGCUGGUGGGGCAUACCUCGUUUACAAAUAUAGGUUGAGGCAAUACAUGGACUCAGAGAUCAGAGCUAUAAUGGCACAGUACAUGCCACUGGACAGCCAACCCGAGGUAGCAAACCACGUGAAUGAUGAACGUGCCUGAAAGAGCGGAAUGGUCCAUCUAUUUAUUCCCUGGGAAUGAGUCAAGGUGACAUGUUCUUUUGAUUGCUGUGGCCCUUGAUCCCGGUGUUUUUUUUCCGACUCUGUGUCUGUAACUCUUUUACCAUACAGUGUACUUGCAUAAAGACAUCCGAGUGAGUUCGUGCUUUUUAAGCAAUGUAGCAUGGGACUUGGGACAUGUGUAAUAGGGAAAAUCUGUUUGUAGCUUUGGAGAAAUAGAAGCAAACAGUGUUAUAAAGUUAAUCUUUUAGUCUUAGACAAGUUCGGUUCUUUGUAUUAU